AUGGCGUUGUUUGCAAAGCCUCUCAAUAUGGCGGCCUUUUUGAUACUCGUGUAUCCAGUCCUUGCCAGUGCGGCCGACUUUAAGUUGGAACUGAGCGCUGCCAAUGUCCAUUGGGGUUUCUUUAGCAAGAGCCUUGCUCCUAUCCUCACGAUCCCAUCGGGAUCGGAAGUCGAAGUGGAAAUGGCCACUCACCAUGCAUGUGACGACUGGGACGCCAUGAUUGAAGGAGAUCCCGGUAUGGAGGAUAUCUACUUUUGGGACAACAUGGAAGGUGCCAACGAACACUUUCGUGGAGCCACGGGAAUGGGUGACGGAGUCCAUAUUCUCACAGGUCCAAUCUAUGUGGAAGGUGCCGAGCCCGGUGACAUGCUGCAAGUGGAAAUUUUGGACUUGAAGCCUCGCAAGAACCCUGCGACCGACCGAACCUUUGGAUCCAAUGCAGCCGCGUGGUGGGGUUUUCAAGCCAGAGUCAACAUGGUGGACGGCUCGUCCUUCUCAGCAGGAUCUUUUACAAACACACCGGGCGUCAACAACGAAGUGAUUACCAUCUAUGAAGUAUUGGAAGAAGAUGGACAGGCAUUUGCCGUUCCUCAGUACCAAUAUAGCUGGCCUACCAUCACUGAUCCAAACGGUACCGUUCGCGACUACAUUGCUUAUCCUGGCACCUGUGUACCUCAUGAUUUGCACGGUUGCAGUCACGAGUACCAGCCAUCUGGUAGGGUCGAGGAAAUGGGAUGGUCCAAAUCAGAACCCAUAACAUACUAUGACAAUGUUUUCCCUGCCAAGAUUCCUGUGAACUAUCAUGUUGGCUGCAUGGGUCUACCUCCUGCCUCUCACGAAUAUGUGGACAGCAUUCCACCCAUGGUGACUGGCGGGAACCUGGACAACAUGAGGAUUGCAAAAGGGGCAACCAUGUAUUAUCCAGUGCAAGUAGAAGGAGCUCUCUUGUCCAUGGGUGAUGCACAUGCCGCUCAGGCAGAUUCUGAACUGGAUGGCACUGGUGUGGAGACUAGUGUUACUGGAACGUUCAAGAUUUCAGUCAUCAAGGCGGCAGACCUGACACCUGCACAACAGGAACAAGAUUUUCCCUUGUGUGAAACCGAGGAACAUUUCAUCGUCCACGGCUUCACUGAGACAGACUACCUGGCUACAUUCUCCGACAAUCCAUCAGAGAUCUAUUCCAAUUCGGCAAUUGAUCCUGCAAUGAGUAAUGCCUACCAGCAGACCAGGAAGUUUCUGAUGCUGACUUAUGGGCUCACGGAACCGGAAGCCAAUACAAUAAUUACCCAAGGCGUCGACUACGCCAUCACACAGGUAGUGGAUGGCAAUUGGGGCGUUCAUGCAGUCAUUCCCAAGAAGAUAUUUGAGCCGCACACAGGCGGCGAGGAGACUCCGGUAGAGUCUGAUGUUUCCGUAGCACGACAGUCUCCAGCAGCAGACAUUGAGCUUAGUUCAGCAAACGUUCAUUGGGGGUUCUUCUCCAAGGAGUUGGAGCCCAUAUUGACUGUACAGAGUGGACAGGAGGUGGUCGUGGAAAUGGCGACUCACCAUGCAUGUGAUGAUUGGGACAGAAUGAUAAAAGGCGAUGCAGGGAUGGAGGAUAUCUAUCACUGGUCAAAUGAAAAACAGAAUGAGUUCUACCGAGGAGCCACUGGCGGAGGAGACGGAGUCCAUGUACUGACUGGUCCCAUCUUUGUGGAUGAUGCAGAACCUGGCGAUAUCAUUGCCGUUGAAAUCAUGGAUUUGCAACUCAGACCCAACCCUGACGGCAAAACCUUUGGUUCAAACGCGGCGGCAUGGUGGGGUUACCAGGCACGAGUUCCCAAAGCAGAUGGCUCGACAUACACAGCUGGUAGCUUCACUGGAACUCCCGAUCAAAACGACGAAAUCGUAACAAUCUAUGAGAUGCUCCAAGAUGACGACGGGGCGUAUGCCGUUCCUUUGUACCAAUUCGAGUGGCCAGUCUUGACAGAUCCAGAUGGAAUCUUACGGGAUUAUAUCGCCUAUCCAGGCACCUGCGUGCCUCAUGACCCGCAUGGUGCGACGGACUCGGUCUCCUCUAAUGUUCUCGACAUGGGCUGGGUCAAAGAGGGAGACAUCACAUACUAUGAUGAUGUGUUCCGAGCCAAGAUUCCCAUUGAUAUGCACAUUGGUUGCAUGGGUCUGGCGCCGGGGUCUCAUUCCUAUGUAGACAGCAUUCCACCACUUCCCACUGGAGGAAAUCUUGACAAUCGCAGAAUCGGAAAGGGAACAACAAUGUAUUAUCCAGUGGAAGUGCUGGGAGGUCUAUUGAGUAUGGGAGAUGCACAUGCAGCCCAGGGCGACUCGGAGUUGGAUGGUACUGGAAUUGAAACUAGCAUCACUGGUCGGUUCAAGAUCACACUGAUCAAAGCUGCAGACUUUGAUGAAGCCCAAAAGCUUCAAGACUUUCCUCUUGGAGAGACUUCUAAGGAGUGGAUUGUACAUGGCUUCACGCACACUGACUACCUGGAGACCUUUCCCGACAACCCUGGAGACGUUUACAGCACUUCUUCGAUUGAUCCUGCCAUGAAGAAUGCUUUCACGCAAACUCGAAAGUGGUUGAUGGCGAAAUUCAGUCUGACUGAGUUUGAGAGUUGGACAAUCAUCACCCAGGCGGUGAACUUUGGGUUGACACAGCUCGUGGACGGCAACUGGGGUGUCCAUGCCCUGAUUCCCAAGUCCAUUUUUGACGGGGUGGAGAGGAAUCCUUUUUGUGGUGAUGACUUUGAAAACUCAGGGGAUCUACCAGUAGUUACAAAGGGAGCUCAGGACAACUCCGGGAAAGACGCCGAAGAUGGCAUGGAAAGUGAUGCUCAUCAACUUCUCUCCAGCUCCCUGUUUGCAAUCUUUGUCGCGGUCUUGACUUUGGCGCAAACGUUUUGA